AGCUGAGAGCGCCUGCGCGGCGGUCGGUUGGUUGGGGUUUGGGCCAGCAACCUAAGUCUUGGGGUUGCCGGUGAGCGGGAAUUGUCCUGGAGAGCCUCAGCUCUUUCCAGUAGCUGUUCCCACUGGCUAUGGAGUACACCGUGUGUGGCAAGCGCAUCACUGUAUGGCAGAGGCUGGUACUGGUAUAAAGGAAAGGCUUCAGUCCAGGCCCUGAAUGGCUGGUCUCCAGUUGGCUCCACUUCUGCCUGUGGGCAUUAUGCUCCCAUAUAAUAAAACAGAUGCCCCAGGGCUCCAUUCAGCUAAGCAAGACCCCUAUGUAAAAGGGGACUCUUCCCAGCGGUCCUCGAUGGGGCACCUGAGGUACAAUUCCCAGCAGAAGCUUUUGAGCAACAAUGAGCUGGCGCUGGAUAAUCUGUACACUCCCUCCAAAUGGAAUGCCUGCACAAACGCCCAGAGCUACUGCUAUCCCCACUGUGCUGGAAUCAGCCAGCAAAAUCCAAGAAGCAAUCUCUGGGGCCAAGCAAAGGGUUGGUUUUACUUAUCAGGCUCUCAAUCCCAGUCUCAAAAAGCAAAUAACCAGGAAUUCAUCCCAUUUACAAAGAAACGAAUUGGAGUGGACCGGGCCUACCCACUGAAACCCAUAUUUCAUCGGAAGUCUCGUAGUACACGGAGCUCUGGCAUGGAGGGGGACCAGAAUGUCUCUCCGAGACCCCCUGAACCAAGAGAGUUUUCAUACAGCAGCUUUGGCUCCAGGAACUGGGCGAAUUCAUCUGUGGUUGGUACUGUCACUGCCACGCAGGAGGAGAGGGCCAUGGCAAACUGCCACAGGACUGAGUGGACGCAGAUCCAAAGACUAGAAGCUGCAGGGGAGAGUUUAGAGGAGGAAAUCCGAAGAAAAGAGACCCUCCUAAGGGAAAAGCUCAAGAAGACAGAGGAGGAGCUCCGAAGGAUCCAGAAGGAAAAGGAACAGGCUGAGGAAGAUGAAAAAAAAGAGCAACAGAGAAUGACGUUUUCCAGGAGGAGAGGUAAAGAUCAUAGCAACGCUGCGUACAAACCUAUCUUCUCCCCAGAAUACAGGUCUAAGGAGGUCUUCAAUAGAGACAGGGGAGAGGAUGAAACUUGGGGACGCUCUCCAGAAAAUUCUAGUCCAUUCCAGUUCUCUGAUCAUGGGAUACAGAAGCUCAAAAGGGAAAGACUAAUGGCAAGCAAUAACAAAAUCCGAGACCGUGUCUCGGGGCCGUUGAAGAACUUGUCUCAGCCUUCAGAAGCGCCAGGCAGUGCUUUGCCAGGAUCCACAAGCCAUUCUAGUUUGUCUAAGGCACCAGACUCCUCAGGUUCCAGCUGUUCCACUCAAGAGCCGGAACUUGGCAAGUGCAGCCACUGUGGACGCAAGUUUCUCUUGCUCAGGCUGGAGAGACACUCCAACGUCUGCAGCAGGAUGCAGGGCUCCAAGAGGAAAGUGUUUGACUCCUCCAGGGCCCGGGCCAAGGGCACAGAGCUAGAACAGUACUUGAACUGGAAGGGACCAGCCUCAGUUAAGGCUGAGCCUCCUCGGAAGAGCAACUGGAGACAGAAACAUGAAUCUUUCAUACGUACCCUCCGUCAGGCUCGAGAAGUCCAGCAGGUGAUUGCCAAAGAAGGCCACCACUCAGACUUGCCUCCCAUCCCGCCUGCAGAAAAUCCAGACUAUCUUCAGUGUCCUCACUGUAGCCUUCACUUUGCUCCUAAGGUGGCUGAGAGGCACAUUCCCAAGUGCAAGACCAUCAAGAGCCGUCCUCCACCCCCAAGGAAGCAUCGCAGUUGAGCAAACAACAGUGGAAAUCUCCAUAGUUUAGAAAGCUCUGCUUCUCUUCAGCUGUAAAUGGGAGAAUCAUUUGAUGUAACACAGAAACAACCAAAACUUUCCACAUCUCCCAGAUAUGCCUGCAGAGCUGGUAUCAGUGAGGAGACCCAUUGCUAAGCAGCAGUAGACAAAAGGAAGCCUCAGCUUCCCACUAAAUUACCAGCCCAGGCUGGUGUGUCUUAUGUUAUUGCCCUAAGAAUUGAUGGGUGAAGACACGGGUAGCGAGCAGGCUACAUUAAAACUCUCCUCUCACAAGCUGACUUGUGGUUUGUGCUAGUUAAGUGCCUGCAUCUGCUCUGCCUUCUUGCCACUCACUGGCUCUGCAUGUUUGUCUGUGGUUCCUGUUAACUAUUCUUGCUCUUGCAAGAAGUUGGCUCAUUAGGAUGUUUGUGCCAGGGUCACGGUUA